AUGAAUGUGAAAGGAACUAAAAGUCUGGUAAUUGCAAGUCUUGAAGAUGUAACAGUGAAUUUACCACAAGAUAAUGAUUUGGCCAGAGUUAAAAAACAUGGAGCUACAAAAGGAUGCCACAUUCAAUUUAAUAAAAUUUUAGCUACAUCAACAAUUAUGAGAUAUAAGGCAAUUGCUGCAGAAUAUGGAUUGCAUAUCAAACCACCAAUCCUUGAUAAAUUAAAAAGAGAAAGACAUCUCCAAUCACCUCAUGAUAUAUAUCAUGUUAUAGCCAGAAAAAUAUUAAGAUUUUUUAAAAUUACAAUUGAUGCACUUUGUUCAGUUGGAAAAUCGGAAUUUAUCAUAUUUUGGAAGUUAUUUGAUUAUCCAAAAAGCUAG